AUGAGCACUCCCUACCAUCCUCAAGCCAAUGGACAAGUAGAAAGUAAUAGAGAGAUUAAAAACAUUUUGAAGAAAAUUGUAAAGCCAGAUGGUAAGGAUUGGGCAAGUCGACUCUAUGACACUUUAUGGGCUUAUAGGACUGCUUAUAAAAUGCCCUUAGGUAUGUCACCAUAUAGAGUGCUUUAUGUCGCCCUUAGGCAUAUUGGGCUAUUAAGAAACUUAACCUCUCUCUAGAUGAUGCAGGUAAGAGUCAACUUUUGCAGCUGCAUGAACUUCAAGAACUUAAGAAUGAAGCCUAUAAAAACUCCAUCAUCUACAAGGCCAAGAUGAAGAAUUUCCACAACAAGGCCUUGAGGAAAAGGAAUUUGCAUGAAAAUCAGAAAGUGUGGCUUUAUAACUCUCACUUGAAACUAUUCCCUGGGAAAUUAAAGUCCAGAUGGAAUUGCCCCUAUGUUAUCACUGAAAUUUUUGAUUCAGGUGCAGUUCUCAUCAUAGAUCCAAAGACAAGACAUGAUUUCAAGGUCAAUGGACAGCAGUUGAAGCCUUAUCUUGAGGUAGAACCACCACUAACAAUUGUCUCCUUGAUUUUUCAGGAUAUACCUAAGGAUCAUUGUUGUGACUCAGUCGUUGUAUAUUAAAUCACGCAAAUAUAAAAUUUAUAAAACUAGAAAAUACGAUUUUUUGGAUAUUUAGAAGUAUAAAUAUAUCAAUUAUAAUUCAAUAAAAAUUCCAAAAAAUAUCGGUAAUUUUCCAGGUCAAUCACAGGGAUGUAAUAUAAUAUCUGGUAAUUAUUCAGAAUUUUUCUCAAUGAAUACGAUUUUCUUACAAAUUUUAUACUAGGAAAUAAAAAAGAAAUAUAUUUAAAAUUCACGAAAAAAAAGGAAAUAAGGGUGCGGGCGUCAUGAUGACGUCAGCGCCCGGCGAACGCGAAUCAGGCGGAAACAGAGUUCCGCCUGGUGAUUCUUACGUAAGCGAUUACGGACGAUUUAAUUGAUCAAAUUAAGAUCUGUAAAAGCCGAAAGAAUCGUAAUUGAACGAAGUAUAGUUUGGUAAAUUAAAAUCACACAAAGUAUCACUAAAUGAAGCGUAAAUUAAAUUGAAAGCAGUAAAACAGAGUUCUAAUGUCGCGACGGCGAUGCGUCGGUGAUGUACCGGAAUCUUGAGCAUUCGGGAGGAUCAUCGUGCAGUGUCUACGGCCUCGAAGGCUCUCCUUGGACAAAGAUGACGUGGGCAAUCUCUAGAUCUUCUCGCAAAGUCUAGAGAUCAAUGAAGUGGGUCGUCGAAUCAUCUCUGGCGGCUGUCACCCGGCGGAGAAGAAAAACAGCGACUUUGCGGCUCUCCGGCGGCUGUCACCCGACGGAGAGGAGCUGGAUGGAGGUGGGGCGCGUGUUAGGGAGCUUCAUCUUCAGGUCCGCACAGCAAGAGGAGGCUCUUCAUCGCAUCUGGUACGCUCUCAGGAGGUGGCGACUGGUCUCCCGGCGGAUCGUCCUCUUCUCGACGAUGGCUUGUUCGUCAAUCAAUCAGAGAUGAUUUACUCGAUAGAUUCGCGAUCCUUUUAUCGCGAAUCGUUUAGAAAUUUUAGUAGCAAUGCUCCGCGAAUCACGUUGACGAGAUUUUCGCCGAUGAUCUAGCGAUUCUCGUUGCUUAAUCCUUCACUGACGAUCUGUAGGAAAGUCGCGAUAAUCAGAUAAAAAUAUAUGAAUUUUGACUCUGGGAGGAUUCGAACCCGCACCGAUAGCCUGCCUCUUCUGAAGAAGGUGUGGGUUUAGUCCUACAUCAGUUGUACGCCGAUUUUUCGAGCGAAUAGAUAGUAAUGUUCGCUAUGUGACCAAAGCCCCUUCUCUAGUGUGUACGACCACUCCUUGCCCUAUAGCCGGCUGCCCGCUGGUGAUGUGGAAGGGAAGUGGUGUACGCGUACCCUGUUGGUCCCAAAGCCGAGCUGCUCGAGCCCCCGCUCGCGGCUUACUCCCCGACUGCACUUCCGACCCGCUUGCGCAGGCCCGGCGGGUCCUUCCUGUUUUUGCAAUAUUUUUAUUUUUAUUUGUUCUUCAUUUAUCUCAAAAGUAAGACUGUAAAAAUCGUAUAAAAUCACAUAAUUACCCAAAAAUUCACGUUAAUCAAUUAAAAACCAAAAAUCAUUCUUUAACACAAAUAUAAGUCUAUUUAUCAUGAGUUAAGGCUAAAACUAUAUUAUUUACUAAUUAUUAACUCAUGAUAAUAAAGACUUAUCAAUCAUCCUCAAAUUUAGACUUUCUACCUCACAUUUCUAUCUCACAACUUUUGAACUUAGCCCCUUGUCUUAUUAUUUAGAUUUUGAAGUUUUCUUCCUCUUAUUUGAAUAAUGUGGCAUACACAUACCCUGUCGGUCACCAAGCCAAGCCGCUCGAGCCCCUACUCGUGGCUUACUCCCCGAUUGCGCUUCCGACCCGCUUCCGACCCGCUUGUGGGCCCGGCGGGUCCUUCCUAUUUUUGCAAUAUUUUUAUUUUUAUUUGUUCUUCAUUUAUCUCAAAAGUAAGACUGUAAAAAUCAUAUAAAAUCACAUAAUUACCCAAAAAUUCACGUUAAUCAAUUGAAAACCAAAAAUCAUUCUUUAACACAAAUAUAAGUCUAUUUAUCAUGAGUUAAGGCUAAAACUAUAUUAUUUACUAAUUAUUAACUCAUGAUAAUGAAGACUUAUCAAUCAUCCUCAAAUUUAGACUUUCUACCUCACAUUUCUAUCUCACAACUUUUGAACUUAGCCCCUUGUCUUAUUAUUUAGAUUUUGAAGUUUUCUUCCUCUUAUUUGAAUAAUGUGAGCUAUUGUUGGCUUGCUUUUAAUGCUCUCUUCGAAUUGUUUGUGACUGAUCAACUAGGGAGAAGUGAGGAUAACUCCUAAAAUUUCAGCUUCAGACACAUCAAUAUAAGAUGAUUAGUACCUACACAAAUCGGUUUGCAUUUUCAGUUUUCCAUAUUCGUUUAUUCUCUGCAUUAGGGACAAUGCACAUAAUAGUUUGGGGGGUGCUGUGAAUGUGAAUCUGAAAAUAUAUCAAUUCAUGAUGCAUGCAUAUUUAUUUCAUUCUAUAUCUCGUGGCAUGCAUUCAUCCUAUUAAUUUAAGCCCCAUUUGAGAAACCUAUCUCAUCCUUGCUCUUAAAAGCAUGAGGAACGAAGUUAGGCUCUUGUAGCAGAUCAAAAGCAUCUCUAAAUGAUAUCAACCAUGAAUCUAGACACUUUUGAUUAGUUUUUAAGUUACUAGGAUAUCUAGUAGGGUGA